AUGCCACAGCCUGCAGGACAGGCGCCAGCACCAGCCCAACCCACUCCCGCUGCCACCUCGUCUCCCACAAUCUCGCUUUCGCACGAACACGCUGUUCCACAGCGACCGACAGGAAGAGGGUUGGCAGGAUCGGCAGUGGACGCGUUGGGAGGACACUCUGGCAGCGACAAGGCGCUCCAGGCGGAUCCAAAGUACCGCAAGUACUCGGCAGCGGUCGAGAAGACGCUCCAGUCAUUCGACCAGGUGAACGAGUGGGCCGACUUCAUCACGUUCCUAGCCAAGCUCCUCAAGACCCUCCAAGCAUCGCCGCAGUACCCCCAGAUCCCGCACAAACUCACGGUUGCGAAGCGUCUCUCGCAAUGUCUUAACCCUGCUCUCCCGACCGGCGUCCACCAGCGGGCUCUCGACGUCUACACACAUAUCCUCUCGACGAUCGGGCCUGAUCAACUCGUUCACGAUCUGCCCGCCUGGUCGAGCGGUCUCUUUCCCUUCUUCCAAUAUGCGGCGACGAGUGUCAAGCCCAUCGUGCUCUCGAUCUACGAGCGCUUCUACCUGCCCCUCUCUGAAUCGCUGCGACCUGCGACGAAGGCGUUCAUCCUCGCCCUCCUGCCGGGCUUGGAGGAAGAGACGGGUGAAUGGUUCGAAAAGGUCGCCGCACUCCUCGACCGACUCAGCGGCACCGUGUCUCCCGCCUUUUUCUUCCAGAACCUGUGGCUUGUCCUCAUCACCGCGCCCAAUUCCCGCAUCCCCGCUCUCAACUAUCUUUCGCGACGACUGCCGAAGCUCCCACCAGCGAAGGAUGGCGAAGACGCGAACACAGACGGGGAGGAGGACGGGCUUGCCGAGAUCGUCGGUCAGGACAUCGGCUUGAUGGUGCGAGGUUUCGCGGCUGCGUUGGAGGACGAGUCGAUCUUGGUUCAGCGAGGGGUGCUGGACUUGCUGACGGGCACACUCAGGGUCGACGGAAAGGGCUUCAAGAGCCUCCGGAGAGCCGACCAGAUCCUCCUCACCCGCUCGGUCCUGUCAGUCGUCCUGCGUCGCGAUCUCUCCCUCUCGCGACGACUCUACACCUGGCUUCUCGGUUCCUCCGACUCCUCCGAAACGCAAGUCGUCCAUCUUCGACAGCAUGCCCUCGAUCAAGUCAAGGACGCUCUCAAAGAGGACAUGGAACUCGCCGUAUCCGCCUCGUCGUCCUCUUCCGAACCGGCACAAGCGACUCUUCGCCAGAAGCCGUUCAAGAUCUUCAUCUCGCUCCUCGACAAGUGGGAGAUUGGCGCACCGUUGACCGAGGUGCUGGUCUUGGACGCAUUCGAGAGCCUGUCAAGGUGUUUGAGCGCAAGAGGCGAGGACGAGGGAUACGACGAUCUCCUGAUGACCGGCAAUAUGCUGUUCGAGAUCGUCGACCCCUCCAUCCUAUGGAAGCAGAUCUACCUCGCCAUCCGUGCCGGGCUAUCACCUUCCUCCUCGAUGGCAAAGCCUGCACCGUCCGCGAGUUCCAGCAUCAACCUCGCAAGGUUCAUCGUCAAGACCUUCCGUCUGCACGACGAGGAGGUACAGCGACUGCAUGCGCCUAUCGUUGCCCUUGCCGUACUGGAUCUCGUCGAGAACCGAGCCGACUCCGCAUCGACCACCUCUGCGCCCCUUCCGCCCGCCGUCGACCUCGCUGCCGAACUCCUUCGUGAAGUCUCGCCCAAGUUCUUCGACUCGUCCACGGACGACUCGCCAUCCACCUCGUCUCUCAACUUCCGCACAUCCCUUGCCGAUGCCCUUUACGCCGCAGACGACGUCAAGGCCGCGGCGGUGCCCGCCGUAGAGGGGAGGAAGCUGCUUGCUGCCGGCCUGGAGACUUCGCUCCGCAUCAUUCAGGCCUGUGCCAAGCGACUCUUGGAAAAUGGCGUCGCAGACUCAUCAGCACCGGAGCUACAGGACGAACGAGAUGCGUUGCGACAGGUCGUUCUCGCGACGGCGGGUCACGUCACGCUCUUCGUCGACCUGGCCUCAAACUCGACCAGCGAGACCUCGCUGCGCCUUCCUUCGUGGGUGCCGGAGGACUGGACGAGAACGCUUCUCUCUUGCUUCGAGGCGUUCCCGGCACGAGUCGCCAACUUCACCCUCCACGCCGGCAUCGUCAAGAUUAUCCUCGACCUCGGUUCAGCUCGAACACUCGAACCUCGUCUUCAAGGGGACGACCGGUUCUUGAUACAGACGUUGGCUGCGAAGCUUCUCGACUACCUCCAACCGGGAACGUCGCCCUGCUACCUCGAAGCGGUCCAGCUGAUUUGGUCGAUCGAAUCGCUGUCGCCCAUGCGCUACAGCGAGUCGAUGAUCUCGGCGAGACUGGCGCAGCCGGACGCCAACAAUCGCUUGAAAGCUUUCGACGCCUUCGGCAACUUGUGGCGAUUCACCGAGGACACGCAGUUGCCAGGUGUCGUUCUGCGCACGCCCAUGUUUGCCAUGCUCGACAGCCUCAAAUCGGACGACUUAACGACACGCCGGGCUGCUGAAGCUUGGAUGCGCUGCAGCUUGAAGUCCUACAUACGCAUCCUCGACCCGCUUCUCUUCGUCCUUCUCGACCCCGCCAUCCAGCUUGACUCGCGAAUCGACAAAAUCGCCGACGUGCGAGUCCCGACUCUCGUCUAUACGCAUCCAUUUGACCAGGCUCGCGUCCAUCACGUUCUCGACAAUCUUCUUUCGCUCGCAAGGUUCGGCGGACAAGGCUUCAUCAGGAUCGCGAAGGGCUCUUUCCUCAAGCACACCUUCGAUCCGGCUUUGCGAGAGCGAGUACUAGGCGCCGACCUCGAGACGCAUACAUAUCUUGAUGGCCUCGUCGCUGUGCUUCUUCGCCUGCUUCGAGCGGAUCCGAAUCCCGAUCUUUCCGCCUCUCUCGCGCCGCGAAACCCUCAAAUCCAUGCCGUCGUCGCGGAGCUGCUGCAAGUGCUUAUCUCGCGUGGCGAAGCCGAGCUUGGAGGCGUCGCUGCGAUCGACGCCGCCUUGACGAGCCGACUUUUCCUCUCGAUCCACCGAGGCGAACUGGACCUGCAGAACAAGCUUCUCCAUGUCCUGCACUCCGUCGUCCAUGCCACGGCGACCUCGACCGCCCGCCGUCAUCAGCGAAGUGCCUCGCAGUCGACCGUACGGGACGGCAAGACGGAGGCGCAGAGUGCGCACCCGCCUGACCUGACACGGGACGAGUUCUUCGUCCGCGUGCUCUCCGAUGCGAUCGCCCAGUCGAACAACGCCGUCAUUCACCACUGGAUCGACUUCUUGCUCAUGACGACUCCGCAAUCUCGGCAUUCCCUCCACGGCGUCCUCUUCCCGCUCAUUGACAAUCUGGUCGCCCGACUCGAAUCGCUCGUGCGCGAGUUCAAGAACAGCUACGGGUCGACCAGCGCUCUCGUCGCCUCAUCGCUGACGGAUGCCGAGUACACCGUCCUCAUGAACGCCCUCGAGCGAUUACUCCUCAUGGCGGUCUCAGAAGCGGUUCCUGCCGCUUCCGACGAGGAGAGAGCGUCGGAGAAGGCGAGUAGCGACGCCGCUUCCUCCAGCGGAGGCGGUGCGACGGGGCUGUUGGGUUACAUGACGGGCGUACUUGGGCAGGCGGAGGCGGAGCCGACAGAAGUGCCGGAGUCAGUCAAGACUCGUCACGAAGCUUUGCAACGCGUACGGGACGUCGUCGACCUCUUGCUGCUGUCGUGGGACGUCACCUCAGCUCUCGAGGUUGAUAUUGAGGACGACCGGGGCAGCUCGCAGGGACACUUUGCCGUUCGCGUGCGUGUGCGGGCCCGGCGAGCGUUGGAGCGGAUCCACAAGGCGCUUCCGAUCGACGUGCUUGAGGACACGGCCGCUUACUGGGCGCGCGUAUCUGCCGGCUCGUCCGAGGAAGACCACCUCUUCGCAGUUGUGCAGAUCUUGGCGCCGAGCCCUCAAGCUGUCGUCUCGACUUUCGUCGAGAAGCUCAACCCGAAGCAUGCGCCUCCCAAGCACAAGAGCCCGGUAGCCCUCUCCGAGGACACAGCUUUCGGCUUCCUCGAGAUGUACAUCGGGCGCAUGGAAGGCUUGAUGGCGGUACAAGUGUGGUCAGCGAUGCUCGCCUUCGUCCGCGAUGUUCUGGCGAAUCAGUCGACGCACCGAUCGCUUUUGUUCCCGACCUUACGCUGCUACACGGCGCUCGCCGAGAAGGUCUCCCAAACGAGCGCUCUCGAAGACCGUCGACUACGCCGCGACUUGCAGGAUACCUUCAUUCGCCUCGCUGACGCGACGGUCCAGGUCGCGGGACGGGCGGCGGAGUCGGGCGGCUGGCUGCGGAAGGCGCCUGAGGCCGGCUUGAACGGCGACUCGGACAGUGUCGCAUCGGAGAAGACGAAGGACGAGGCGUCGUCGAUACCCGACCCGGCGAAGAAACCCGCCGCGCCUUUCGAACGAGCGCUCGUACCAGAAAUUGCCACUUACUUGACGAAGCAUGUUCUCCCGGACUUGCGUCGGUUCUUGAUCGACGCGGACAAGACGAGCGCCGUUUGCUCCAACAUGGUCUACUACAUCGCCGCUCCGGCCUUCAAGACCCGCGCGAAGACCUUCGAUCCCGACCCCUCCAUCCUCGGCCUUCUCGAGGAGAUGACGAAGAACCCUCAGACCCUGAAAGCCUGGCGGUCACUCGUUAGCGACGCUUUCUCAGACAAUCGCUUCUUUAACGCUCCGCCCUCUGCCCAUUCGCGCUGGAAGCCGCUCGUCCAGGCUUUGAUGGCGUCCGACAAGGAGCGACUGCCUGAACUGAUUGCAAAAGUCUCGACGGCGUCUUCGGCCAACAUCUUCACCAAUCGCGAACUCGAGACGCUCUCGCGCGCCCUCAGUCUUCGCCGCCUCACCUACACCCUCUUGACGUCGCAGAAGAACCGUUUCUUGACGCAGCUGCCGAUGAUCCAGGAGAAGCUGGUCGACCUGCUGCGGUCGAGUGUUGGCGAGAUCGUGCACGCCGAGGUCUACCUCUGCCUUCGAGUCCUCUUCUGCCGCAUCGAUAACCAGCAUCUGUCCGGUCUCUGGCCCGUCAUCCUGACGGAGAUGCUUCGCCUCUUCGAGUCGCUGGCCAAUCAACGCGUUCCCGACGGAUCUGACACCCUUCAACUCGUCUUGUCGGCAUGCAAGUUCCUCGACCUCACGCUCGUCCUCCAGACCGCCGACUUCCAGAUCCAUGAAUGGAUGUUCGUCACCGACACGGUCGACGCGAUUUACCCGCCCGACUCGUGGGUCCCGCAGGCCAUCGUGGACCGGCUCGGCGAGGUCAUCGUCCUGCAGCCUGCCAACGGCCGCUCGUCGGCAACGCCUGCGCCCAAGAACUCGAAGAUCGACGACGGAUGCUCCGGCAGCGUAUUGUCGCGGUCUAGUGCGACUGCGUCACUGCGUCGUCCGCUCAUCCAGGCGCGGCAGGUCCGCUCGCUCCAGGAGCUCGAGCCGUUCUUCUCGACGAUCAGUCUCGCUGCAUACGAGGCCGUCUACCACAGCGCAGGAGGAGGCGCGCGAGUCGACUGGCCGGCGGUCGAGGCAUCGCUCGAGCGGGACAUCUUCGAAGGCACGGCCUAG